GCCGAUUGGAUGUGGACUCAGUGACGUGGCCUCACCGGGCGCUGUGAUUGGCUCGUUGAGGAAAAUAAAUCCUGGAUCAAAUACUUGUGAGCUGCAGUCAGUGUGAGCACAGUGUACGGUAGUUACUGUACCAGGAAAACGACACCGGCGCUGACAGAGUUGCUCCCGGCGGGACUUUAUCACAACGCGGACACUGUCUCGGGAAGUUUCUGUUCGGUAUAACACAUAUUUGUGAGAUUAUGUACCGCAUUGAAGCAUUUUACUUUAUCGUAGACGACCCAAAAUGGCUGCUAUUUUUUCCCGGAGACCCAGCAGCUGUCCCAAGCACUCAGCUGUCAUUAAUGUUAUCCAGAAAAGAGUCCGCAUCAACUACACACACGCUGUCCAAAUAAAUGGUGCUGUUACAAAUAAUCAUGAUGACAUAGAAUUUAUUUUUUUUAAAUGCAUAGGUCCAGCAUCCACAGUUACUGACAGUGAAUUAGUGCCAGGUGUGUUUCAGCCAAUCAGUGGGCGUGGUUUCGGGUCACCUGUUGAACGCCUAUAAAUUGUUUCUGGUUCACCUUUUGUUUGGGUGCUGCCACAUGAGGCGAGUUGUUGUUGGAGUUUGCUAGCGGCUGGCCUGAAAAUCGUUUUAGCCAUGAGUUCAGUAAAGCCCUUCAUUGGCUGUAAAAUAUGGUUAAUUUCAAGAGCCCAAAAUCGCUAUGAGGGGAUUUUGUACACAAUUGAUAAAGUAAACUCUACAGUGGUUCUGGCGAAAGGUGAGUGGUUUAGGCCCGUUUGCGGUCAGAGCGAUAUCACCACUGACAUGUGGCUGUUUCAAAGCUUUCUCAAAAUUGCUGUCUUGUCACAAGUGAAGUGUUUUGGAACGGAGGGAAGACCCACUGACAGACCGACGCCACCCAAAGAUGAUAUCUAUGAAUACAUCACGUUCCGGGGAAGUGAUAUUAAAGAUAUAGCCCUGUGUGAACUACCAAGAUCUCAUCAUGGACUUCCUCCAGAUCCUGCAAUAGUACAGUCAUCCAGUGCAGGGUCUUCAGGCGUGUACUCAGCUCAUGGACCGUUUAGCCCCAUGAGGAUGCCCGCCUAUAACCAGCUUGCUGCCAACCCCCUUCUUAAUCAACAAUACGCAGCAGCUCUUGGACUUGGGCCUGUGAUUCCUGGCUUGCAUGUCAGAAGACCCCCCAUGGUGGAAAAGGCUGUUCAAACCCUCCACAUGGAAAGGUCUAGGCAGGGCAGAGGCUUGACUGUAUCCCAGGAGUGGGACCAGUACCAGGAGAGGAGGCAGCCCCAGAGGACCAGACGAGAAGGUUCCAGUCCCAGAAGGCCCACUGAAACCACCCUGAAGCUGGGCCAAGUUGGACCCAAAGCUCGCCAGGAAACUUUGCAACGGAAUGAUGAAAAUAGGCCACCGCUGAGAAGACAAGCGCCUCGGAGGCGCAGGAACCGUAGUAGAGGACAGUUGAUGGUGGCUAAUACUCCAUCAGCCACUCUGAAGUUUGACACAGACUUUGAUUUUGAUUCAUCAAAUGCACAAUUUAUUAAGGAAGAACUGGAGAGGGAAGGGCAGAACAAAGUGAAAGGUGCAACUCAAGAAGUAGAUGAGAAGUUAAAUGAGGAAUUACAUUUGACUACAAAGGACGAUCAUUUUGGACCAAAGUGUUACUAUGACAAAGCAAAGUCUUUCUUUGACAACAUCUCAUCUGAAAAUAAGUUCAGGCUAACAUGGGCAGAGGAGCGGAAGCGCAAUCUGGAGACAUUUGGUGUCCCUGGACGCUUUCUACGGGGCCGAGGCUUCAGAGGUGGAUAUACGGGAGCAAGAGGACGGGGCUCGGCUCAGAUGGUUCCAUCUUACAGAUCCAGAGGUGGACAGUUAUAGAGGUCAGCAUCUGAUAUCAGUGCCCCAAAGCCACUACCUACUGUAAUUAUUUCCCAUAUGUGUGAUUUGUAAGGGUUAUUACUCAGUUACCUUUCAGUAUUUUUUGAGUUUAUUUUAUUUUGUCAUGAUAAGCACCUCUGUAUAAAUCUGUUUUUCCUACCCAAGGCCAUAAUCCUGCACAUAAAUUACCAGGAUGUAUAUAUUUUUUGUCCUCUGCUCCAUUUUGAAUUUGGAUGCAUGUGGCACACUUAGUGGUCCCUUCAGGAUAUAUUUGCUUGAGUAUUUUUUUUUUUUUUUUUAUUAGACGGGAGUUGGAUUUGUUUUAUUCUCCUUGACAAAUCUUCCUCCUAAAAUGUGUCUGGUCUGUGUUCAAGACGGUGUCUUUUUGGAGUGUGCAUUAUUAUUUAUGUUCAUUUUUCAUAUAACAAAUGUAAACUGAAUAUCAAAUGAACUAAACUUAAAUGUAUUUAACUGAUAAAUCUUGGCUAGCGCUUUAUUCUGUCCUAUUGAAAUGGUACGUGAGAAUUAUGUGAAUAAAGUGGAAAAUGCUCAUGCACUUCUCAUCUUCUGA